GCGGAGCUGCAGUGGAGGAAGUUGGAUAAAGUCAGGGCUGAAAACAAGCCUCGUCUUUUCUUUUAAAAUUAACGAGAGGUGUCGUGUUUUCUGUGUUUUCAGUGUUUUCUGUGUUAGAAGUGAGUGAGGUUAAGCGAUGUUCGCCGGUGGUUUGCUGGUGUGUUUGUUGACCGUGUUGCAGCUCGGCUCCCGGGCUCAGUACGCUCCCGAUGAGGUGACACAUCUGCCCGGUAUGAUGUUCAAACCCAACUAUCGACAGUGGUCAGGCUACCUCCAAGCUCGGCCGGGGACGUUUCUCCAUUACUGGUUUGUGACCUCUCAGAGAGACCCAGUCAAAGACCCUGUGGUGCUCUGGCUGAACGGAGGCCCGGGCUGCAGCUCUCUGGAUGGAUUCCUGUCAGAGAAUGGACCGUUUCAUGUGAAUGAUGACGGCGCCACACUGUAUGAGAACACAUUUAGCUGGAACAAGAUCGCCAACAUGCUGUAUCUAGAAUCUCCUGCAGGAGUGGGAUAUUCCUACUCUGAUGACCAGAAAUAUGCAACUGAUGAUGACCAGGUAGCUGAUGAUAAUUAUAAAGCCCUGCAGAGCUUCUUUGUCAAGUUCCCAAAUUUCACUCACAAUGAGUUCUUCAUCUUUGGAGAAAGUUAUGGUGGAAUCUACGCGCCGACCCUCAGCCUGCGCGUGGCAACAGGAGCUGCCAGAAUCAACUUCAAGGGCUUUGCCGUGGGAAAUGGUCUCAGCAGCUUCGCUCUCAAUGACCAAACUUUGAUCUACUUUGGUUACUAUCACGGCCUCUUUGGAGAAGAUUUGUGGCGUGAUCUGAACAUAAACUGCUGUGAGAAGGGGAGCUGUAACUUUCACAACUCCACUUCAGAGGCCUGCCAGGACCUGGUGAAUGCAGCCUUUGCUAUUGUGUAUGAAAGCGGACUUAACGAGUAUGCCCUCUACUUGGAUUGUGAGGGGCAAGAAAGAUCUCACAGAGGUUACGAGAGGACCAUGAGUCAUCUGUUUAAGAACUAUAAGAAACCUCCACACAUCCACAAAUUUUUAGGUAGAGUGAGUCCAUCCAUGUCUCUUGCUGCAGUCCCUCCCUGCAUCAACAGCACGGCUCAGAUGAACUGGCUGAACAGAGGCGAUGUGAGGAAAGCUUUACACAUCCCAGACAUACUGCCACCGUGGGACAUCUGCAGUGAUACUGUUGGAGAGCAGUACACCACCCUGUACCAGACAGUGAAGGAGGUGUAUCUGAAGGUGCUCUCUCUGGGCCUGCGGGCGCUCGUCUAUAACGGAGACACCGACAUGGCAUGCAACUUCCUGGGAGACCAGUGGUUUGUGGAGGACCUUGGUCUGAAGGCAACCACAAAGUAUCAGAGGUGGAUUCAUGAAGACCAGGUUGCUGGUUUCUACCAACAGUUUGGAAACAUAACUUUCCUGACAGUUAAGGGUGCUGGCCACAUGGUUCCUCAGUGGGCUCCAGGACCAGCUUUCCACAUGUUCCAGUCAUUCAUAACAAAUGACUUCUACUGAGCUGUGAUGGAGACCUUCAGUAUGUAUAUACACCUGCACUCAUCAUUUGUUAGGUGGUAAAUUCUUCUCAGGGACGAUCAGUUAGGAGGGAAAAGGACUGUUAGGGUACUUAUUCUUAUCAUUUUCAUUGUUGUUGCAGUACUUGUGGUGAAGUUUGUUAACUAUUUGGACAUUUGGAUACUUUUGGUGUUGUCUCGCACAAUUAAAGUGACAACACUGAGUUUUGAGGAUAUUCACAUCUUCAUUUGGCAAACAUUGUAGAAAUGAAAGCUCUUUUUAUACACUCUCACCCCAUUUUAGAGAAUCCAAACUUGACAGACUAACAAAUAAUCCUGUUUAAUGUUUUAAUAUUCACUUUUUGUCCUCAGUCUGGUCUUCAGCAAAAAUGAAACACAUUUUCUUAGUUGGACUAGGGUUCAGUGACUGAUGUGGCCAGUUAAUGACAUUCUGUUUGGGCCUAAAACCACUCGUUGGCCAUGUUUGCUUGUUAAGAUCAUUGUCGUCAAAUUGGAGAAAUAGGCGUGUUUAAUAGGGAUACACAUCCUGCACUCCUAAGCCAAUAUGGAUGUGAAAACCCUACUUUAAGUAAGCACACUUACAUCUUUGUAUUCACUACACUGGAUUAGAGGUGAAACAAAGUCUAAACAGAAAGUCCUUGUCCAGAUACUUAAGGCUGUACUAUAAAUGAUCAGAUUAAGCUGUGGACUGAUGUAAAGCAGAAUCUUUGUUAUUGAUAUGUUCAGCAAAAGAAAAUGAAGUGAUACAUGGUGAUUGUUCUGAACCUAUUGAUAAUGUUCAAACUGUCUUGAUAAAAACUGCAAAUCUGCUUUUCAUUUGUCUUUUUAUUAAAUGUUUUAUUAACUGCCAA